UAUUUCACUUCGGGUCUCCUUGUGCGAAAUACUCGGUUAUCCAUCGUUAUCGCGACGUGAUCAUACAUCCUCGUUGGCGUGUUGUGGACAACAUCGUCAGCGAUCGCAUCGUCUAGCCGCGUGCCACUAGGCUGCAAAUUUUUCAAGCCACGUGACCGAGACGUAUCUCGGAAAAACCGCCACCAUAACGUCCAAGAGCGAGCCAACCACCAUGUCGAAGCUCUACGUGGGCAAUCUACCGUCGGAUUGUAACGAGAGUGCCCUCAGGCAACUCUUUCAGGAUCAUAAUUUGUCGUGUACGACGAUCCUGGUGAAACGAGGCGGCUAUGCGUUCGUUGACUGUACCGAUCAAUCUGUAGCGGAUCGUGCAAUCGACAAACUUAACGGAUAUACCUAUCUCGGAUCAGUGCUUGUCGUGGAGCCAUCCGUAGCUAGUGGACCGAAGAAACGGUAA